AUGCUUGCAUUACAAUGCGGUUGUUGGGACAGAGAGGGAAGCUUUAGAAAUAAUCAUAGGUGGGGGUGGGGGUGGAUAUUGCCAAGCAAUGGUUUUGUGAGCAAAAACAUCGAAAGAGACUAUUACACAAUUCAGAGAUUCAAGGAAACAAUUAAGGAUCCCCUGGGCAUUACAAAAAAAUGGGUGGGAAAUGAUGUCUGUAAUUAUCCAGGCUUUAAAUGUGCAACUGGACCUGACCAGAAGGUGAUAGCCCUUGCAGCGGCAGAUUUCAAUGGCUAUUCUUUUGGUGGCCCGGAUAGUCAGCUCACAGGUUUCCUCGAUCAGUUGCUGGACUUGUCCAUCUUCCAUGCGAACUCCAACAAUUUCACUGGUCCAGUGCCAAAGAAUAUUGGCACUUCCAGAGUCCGUUACUUAUUUGAGGUCGAUCUCAGCAACAACAAGUACUCUGGUGGAUUCCCUAUGUCUGUUCUUCAAGCCACCAACUUAACCUUUUUGGACAUCAGGUUCAACUCAUUUUCAGGGUCAGUUCCAGCUGAAGUCUUCACCUUAGACCUAGAUGUGCUUUUCAUCAACAACAACAAAUUCUCACAACAGCUUCCUGGUAAUCUCGGCUCCACACCUGUCCUUUAUCUCACUUUGGCCAACAACAAGUUUAGUGGUCCCAUUCCAAGAAGUAUCGGCAAUGCCCGAAACCUUCUUGAAGUUCUUUUCUUGAACAAUGAACUCGAAGGGUGCUUGCCAUUCGAGAUUGGCAAAUUGGACAAGACUGUCGUGUUUGAUGUGGGCAGUAACAAGUUGACUGGCCCCAUACCCCAUUCAUUUGCAUGCCUAAAAAAGAUGGAGAACCUGAAUUUGGCCAAGAAUAAAUUUUACGGGACGGUGCCGGAGAUGGUGUGCGACCUGCCUAGAUUAGCUAACUUGUCUCUCUCAUACAACUAUUUCACUCAGGUCGGACCUGAGUGCAGGAAAUUGAUUUCGAAAAGGAUUCUUGAUGUUAGAAUGAAUUGCAUUUUGGAUCUUCCUGGUCAGAGAUCAGCAGCUGAUUGUGCCAAGUUCUUCUCUAAACAGAGGACUUGUCCCAAUGAGAGGUCCCUCAGCUAUAUUCCUUGUAGGAAGGGUGGUUAUUCAAGUUCAUUGGAGACAUCUGAUCAACAAUCAAUGGCUCCGGCUGCUGCACCUAUAACAUAUAAUGCCCUUAAACCGCAUAAGCUGCGGUUUUAAAUGGAUCCCUUCAAUUCAAGAUAAUCUCUUGAUUUGCUUGAUGGCUGCUCCUAUCUAUGUAAACAUCUUUCUCCUAAUCAGCUUAUAGCUUGUGGUUAUAAAUCAUAAUGAAUAAGGUGAACUCAUUUCAUUUCUGCUUUCGAAGCAAAUGCAACUUUAUAGUUUAAUGAUAUUUUGUCCCCUCUACUUCC